CCGCCGCCGCCAACAACAGCACCCCUCCUAGCAGCGCUCCCUCCAGCAGCCAUCCUCCCUCUAGCACCCCCUCGCCCCUUUAGCCGUUCCCCUUCCCCUCCAGCAGCCCCCUCCUCUAGCUUUACUCCCUCUCACCUCUAGUAGACCCCCGAUCCUCUAUACCUCACCCUCCAGCAAUCAUCCCACCCCCGCCAGCCCGGGACGGGACCCGCACCCAGCCCCUGGCCUUCCCUGGGAGCAGCCCGGCCGGGAGAAGAGGGGCGCUGCGUGCUUCCACCCCUGCGCGCCCCCGGCCCGGCGCGGCGGCGAGAUGAGCUUCUUCGGCUUCGGGCAGAGCGUGGAGGUGGAAAUCCUGCUGAACGAUGCGGAGAGUCGGAAACGGGCCGAGCACAAGACGGAGGACGGCAAGAAGGAGAAGUAUUUCCUCUUCUACGACGGGGAGACCGUCUCCGGGAAGGUGAGCUUGGCGCUCAAGAACCCCAACAAGCGGCUGGAGCACCAGGGCAUCAAGAUCGAGUUCAUCGGACAGAUCGAACUCUACUACGACCGUGGGAACCACCAUGAGUUUGUGUCCCUGGUGAAGGACUUGGCACGGCCUGGAGAGAUCAGCCAGUCGCAGGCCUUUGACUUUGAGUUCACCCACGUGGAGAAGCCGUAUGAGUCCUACACGGGGCAGAACGUGAAGCUACGGUAUUUCCUUCGAGCCACCAUCAGCCGCCGCCUCAACGACGUCGUCAAAGAGAUGGACAUUGUAGUCCACACACUCAGUACAUACCCGGAGCUGAACUCGUCCAUCAAGAUGGAGGUGGGCAUCGAGGACUGUCUGCACAUUGAGUUUGAGUACAAUAAAUCCAAAUACCACUUGAAAGAUGUCAUCGUAGGGAAGAUAUACUUCCUGCUGGUGAGAAUCAAAAUAAAACACAUGGAGAUAGAUAUCAUCAAGCGGGAAACGACAGGGACAGGCCCCAAUGUCUACCACGAGAACGACACCAUAGCCAAGUAUGAGAUCAUGGAUGGGGCACCUGUGAGAGGAGAGUCCAUCCCGAUCCGGCUCUUCCUAGCGGGUUAUGAGCUGACGCCCACCAUGCGGGACAUCAACAAGAAGUUCUCGGUGCGCUAUUACCUCAACCUGGUGCUGAUCGACGAGGAGGAGCGGCGCUACUUCAAACAGCAGGAAGUGGUCUUGUGGCGGAAGGGUGACAUCGUACGCAAGAGCAUGUCCCACCAGGCAGCAAUUGCUUCCCAGCGCUUCGAGGGCACAACCUCCCUGGGCGAGGCGCGGACCCCCAGCCAGCUGUCUGACAACAACAGCAGGCAGUGAGGCCCCUGGGGCUGAGAUGCUGCUGGGCUUCUGCCCCAGCACCCCCACCUAUCAACACCAGCGGUUAGAGGGGGAGGGGAAGAACGGGGUGUCACUCCACCGACCUGUUACUUGCAACCUGAAAAAAAAAAUCAUGUUUUUGACUUCACUUCUUUUCUCUGAAGGACCUAAGGGGCCUGGGCUGGGAGGCCAUGUCCUUGGGAUUCUGUAGCUGAAAGAGGGAAUAGGGAAGGGGUGGCAUCCCGAGAGCUAGUAUCUCCCUGGAAAGAGGUGCAUUCUGUUGCAGCCUUCCACCUGGGGGAGCCGAGACCAGGCAUCCUUGGCUCUCCGUACUUCUUGAUCUGAGAUCCGAGCAGCCCGCACAGCCCUGGGUCCUGGCAGAAGUGGGGCCUGCCCCAUCUACAAGGGCAGGGGGAUGAUGCUUGAUCAGGACACUGCCUCCUUAGGAGUCUCGGAUGUGGUGCUUUGAGGAUGCCACAAGCCCUUCCGGCAAUGCAGGGACCCAGGCACCUCCCUCCAGUGGCUUCUCUAGAUUCUAAUCAGUAACGCCUGGGAGGAACUGGAGCCUGUGGAGGCACCUUUCAUCCGUGAGAAAGAGCUGGGCAUAGGGAAAUCCCAGGGCGGUAUCAGCAGCGUUGAAAACAGGCUGAGCCCUGCCCCAGGGGAAAAGUGUGGAAGCCUGAAAAUGGUCUGUUCCUGGAGGGACUCCUCUUUCCACUCUAAGGUCUGGGCCCCACCAAGCCCCAAGGGAGGUGUCCAGUGAAGAAGCCUUGAUUCCUUUGUUCUCCGUUUAAUCUUGGGGCUGUGGCAUGGUUUCAACCACUUGAAGGUAUUGUUCCUGCUACUGCCCAAGCCCCUUAGAAGACUCUGCUACUACAACUUCAGAAUCACCCUGCUUGCUAAGUCACAUCUUCAUCUUCACCAGUUGGCUCAGAGAGUUUAGGAUCAGUGAUAUGUUUUGUUUACAACAUGUACAGAGCCCUCGUGGGUGUUGUUACACUACGAAAGAGGGCUGUGUUCACUCUGGUGCACUGUGCUCCAACUACAGGAGUAGAGGUGUGUGCUUCCUUCCCCACCUCACCUCACCUGAAAAUGACCAGAGCCACGUUCCAAUUGGCCUCCCUUCCCUCACAGAAAGAGCCAGUGCCCGCCAUUGGCCAACAAGGAUACUGUUCGGCUGAGUUCGAGGAAGCAGGGGCUUUACUUAUCCUCAGAAGUCAGUACUCAUGGAGCCUUCGGGUGCUCACGGAGCAGAGCUGAGACUGGGAGGAAAGGCAUUUGGGAGAUUUGAGGUUGACUGGGGGCAGCGGAACUGGGCAAGGUUGUUUCCCCCACGUUGGGUCCCACGUUGAGAUGAACAGGAUUCCCCCUCCAGCUGCCCUUUAAUUAUCGAGGCUGGGGCUUGAGCGUGUGAGGGAGGCAGGUUCUGUGGCUCUUCAUCUUUCUCAGAACAUAAGAUUAGGCUCUGGUUGGCCUCCUGUUAAUGGUGUUAUAACUCCAAAGCAUCUGAUUCCUCUGCCUCCCAGCUGACAACACAAAUGCAUUCUCCAUCUUCCCUAACAUCUAAGACCUUUCUUCUGGGAGAACUAGAAGACAGAAUCUGAUUUUAUUCUUCCACGCGCUGUGCACAAGCCAGAUCUUCUGUUUUCUUGUACUCUACCCCAUUCUCUACUUCUCUGUCCAACUGUGGAAGUGAGGGGAGGCCCCUGUACCCCCACUCCUGGGGGUGCGUCAAUACCCAACCAAGAAGUGUGAGUUGUAAGCAAGCAGCUGCCAUGUUUACACGUUUUUUCAUGUGUGGUCUUUUCAGUGGCUGCCUUUUUAACAAAGAAUACCGUUUUCAUGAUCUGAUUAAAUCAGCCCCUGUGGUUUUGGGGGCACUGUGUCCAUGGUUCACCAGGCUCUUGUGCUUUCUUGGGUCUUACUCCUCAGACAGACCUGCUGCCCAGCCUAUGCCACUUCCUUUCCCCGGUGCCAGAGCCCCUGCUGGGUGCUGAUGCUACCACCUGCGGCAGACAAGUGCAUGCCCAGGAAAUGCAUUCAGGUUUUACCCUUCUCUGACAAUGGGUCCUGGAAGUGCAGAGGGUGGCAACCACGACCUCAGGGGCAGGCAAUGAAGGCAGGCAGAGAGACAAGUUAGAGCUUUGUGGGUGUUUGGCAGACUGAAGGCCUCAGCCCUGCCUCCUGGUAUUGCAGAGAUUGUUAACUAUUAGCUACAGUCAAAGAAGACGGAAGAGGACACCCUGCAUCUUGCUGAGCAGCAAAAGGAGCCAGCCUGAAAGCCAAAAUUCUGCAUUGGAUUCUAAACUGUACCCAAUGUUGUUCAGAAAGAAAAGCUUUCCAACAUUGUUUUGAAAGAAAAGCUUUCCAACACUGA